CCUUCGUCUCUGAAUUGCUGUUUUGCUUGUCAAUAUCUAUCGCAAGGUUUUUGCCACAAUGAGUUAUUGAGCUCUGCUGAGACGUCGAAGGAUAUUCAGGUGAGAGUGUAUUGGAUCUAGUACAUGAAAUGGACUGCAAUAAGGAGGAGGCGCUUCGCGCGAAGGCCCUGGCUGAGAAGAAGUUACAGAGCAAGGAUUUUCCAGGGGCUCGUAAAAUUGUGCUGAAAGCUCAGCAACUUUACCCUGAUCUAGAGAAUAUUACCCAUAUGCUUAUGGUUUGUGAUGUCCACUGUUCUGCUGAAAGGAAAUUGUUCGGUAAUGAGAUGGACUGGUAUGGAAUCUUACAACUUGAACAGGCUGCUGAUGAGGCCUCAAUUAAGAAGCAGUACAAGAAGUUUGCUCUUUAUCUUCAUCCUGAUAAAAACAAGUUUGCUGGGGCAGAAGCUGCUUUUAAGUUAAUUGGGGAAGCUCAGAGAGUUCUUUUGGAUCGGGAGAAACGGUCCAUGCAUGACAUGAAGCGGCAUGCUUCUGUACCUAGAUCGUCGGCACGUGCUUCCUAUAAUAGGCAACCUUCAGCAACUUACCGGCCUCCGCAGAAGGCAAAUUGGAACCCAAAUGUUGGACAUCAAAACAAUACCGGUGGCAGUUUCUCAGGCUUUAAUACCCAACAUCAGCAGCCACAACAUCCAGCUCAGCCUAGAUUUUCUAAUGGGCGCGAGAUUUUUUGGACUGUCUGUCCUUUUUGUUCUGUUAGGUAUCAUUACUGCAGAGAACUCAUCAAUAAGCCUGUGCCUUGUCCAAAUGAAAAUUGUAGGAGGACGUUUCUUGCAUGCGAAGUGAAUAUUUCAGGUGCAUCUCCAGCUUCUGGAAUGUAUAUGCCGACUUUUCAACAUCAGAAAGUUUUCCCUACUCAGGGUGCAUCUAAAGUGGAAAUGGGACGCAGAGGUACUUCUACCCCUGUGAAUGAUAGGCCUGAUGUCUUCAGGAAGACUCAAGUUCGCCCUGAAAAGGUAAAUAAGAAGAGACACAGACCACAAGUAGUGGAAUCUAGUGAAAGUUAUGACAGUGGAAGCAGCAGUGAGUCUGAUGAAGAUUCAGUUAUCCGUGAAGAUGGUAAGUUUCGGGGGAGCCAGAACAUUGGUCGCUUGGGCGAGCAGUCCCUACGGAGAUCGACUCGGCAAAAACAGCAGGUUUCUUAUAAAGAAAAUUUAAGUGAUGAUGAAGACACCAACCCUGUGAAAAGGUCUAGAGGGGGCAGCCCAUCUUCUACUGAAGAGGACUUCGAAGAUGUGUUACGAGGGGAGACAUCUGACUUGGAUGGAAAAGAUGGCUUAGCUACUAACUUGAAUGAAGAUAAGAAAGGUGAAAAACACACAGAAAAUGGAUGUUCAGGAGGGUGCCCACCGAAUGAUGAUUCCAAAUCAAGCUUCGGCAUGAGAGACACAAAAGAACCAGAGUUUUAUAAUUAUCCUGAUCCAGACUUUAGUGACUUUGACAAGGAGAGGAAAGAAGGUUGCUUUGCGAGUGGCCAGGUGUGGGCUGCUUUUGAUUCAUUGGAUGGCAUGCCUAGGUUUUAUGCUCUGAUAAGAAGAGUUUACCCAGGUGACUUCAGACUGCGAAUGACAUGGUUAGAACCAGAUUCCAAUGAUGAAAAUGAGAUCAAUUGGAGGAAGGAGAGCUUACCAGUUUCUUGUGGUAAGUUUAAACUUGGACAGAGUGAGAACACUAGACAUCGUCUCAUGUUUUCUCACGUGGUCUUUUGUGAGAAAGGACGUCAUAAGCAAACAUAUAACAUUUAUCCUCAGAUGGGGGAAACUUGGGCCCUUUUCAAGAACUGGGACAUUAAUUUGCAUUCUGAUCCUGACAAUCAUAGGAAGUAUGAGUUUGAUGUUGUUGAGAUCUUGUCUGGAUAUGCCGAAGGUAUUGGCUUGUCCGUUGCCUAUUUGGGCAAGGUGAAGGGCUUUGGCAGUCUUUUGUCUCGGAAAGCUGAAAAUGGCAUCUCUUGUUUUCAGAUUCGUCCAGAUGAGCUAUACAGGUUUUCUCACAGGGUUCCAUCUUACAGAAUGACUGGUGAUGAAAGGGAAGGAGUUCCAAAAGGGUCUUUUGAACUGGACCCUGCUUCAAUGCCUAUGAACCUGGAAGAGUUUGUUCCGUCUGAAGAUCCAGAAAUUAGUACUAAUGGUAGUCAUUGUGAAGCUUUACGUUCCCGUGUUCCUGAGGAAGUGAAAACCGAGAUGGGAUCUGAGGAAAAUUCCAGCCAAUCUGAUUUGAAGGACGAGUGCACAGAACGCAAGAAGUGUGGCUCUGUGAAGCAUAAAGAAAAUUCCAGUGCUUCUGCUCCUUUAACCCCAGAAGUUAUUGAAGUUCCAGAUCCAGAAUUUCACAACUUCGAUGAUGCGAAAUCACUGGAAAAUUUCCGAGUUGGUCAAGUGUGGGCUUUGUACUCUGAUGAGGAGGGCUUGCCCAAGUACUAUGGCCGGAUAACGACAGUCCUGUCUGAACCAGAAUUUAAAUUGCAGUUGAGAUGGAUGUCUGUCUUUCUUCUUCCAGACAAUGUCAUUGAGUGGCACGAUGAAUGCAUGCCCAUAUCUUGUGGGAAAUUUAGGCUUGAAAGGGGCCGACAACCUCAAAUUUAUACUUCCACUGUUUCGUUUUCGCACUGCAUAAAAGUGGAACUUGAUGAUGGCAGAAAGACCGAAACAUUUAACAUCUUUCCUCGGAAAGAGGAAGUGUGGGCAUUGUACAAGAACUGGUGUCCUGAAAUGAAGUUCUCUGAGUUAGAAAAAUGUGAUUAUGAGGUGGUGGAGGUUAUUGAGGAGAAUGACUUGGGGAUUAAAGUUGCGGCUUUAGAGCAUGUAAUGGGGUCCAAGUCGGUUUUCAAGCCUCAAGCAAGAGGAGAUUCGAGGGUUACAAUAGAAAUUCCCCGGGUAGAGCUGAUGCGGUUUUCUCAUCAAGUGCCCGCUUUUCGGUUGACGGAUGAAAGGAACGGAAGCCUAAGAGGCUUUUGGGAGAUCGAUACAGCCGCAUUACCUUUGCGCUUUUUUAACUGCAGCUGAAGUGGACCACAGAACCUCUGAUACAACCCGCAUCAUAAUUCUAUUUGAAUAGGCUCGUGCAUAAGUUGUUUUUCGGAGAGGUAUCUUGGCUUGUUAGGUUACUUUUGGUGCCUGCACAACUGCUUUAUUGAAGUGGGGUGAAUAUGGUGGCUGAUCAUUUUGAGGUGUUGUGCAGCUUCGCUGUUUAGGCUGUAGGUUAGCCCACUGUGUCUUGAAUCUGUUAUGCUGGACUAACCCUUCUAAAAUUUCUCAAGAGUAGUCUCUUUAUCUUGUAGAUAACUUUAAUAUCCUUUUUAUUUGGAUGUAGAAAUUCCAUUUUGGUGGAUCCUCUAUGGAUCUUAAACUCCUGCAAUGGUAAGGGAUAGCAACAUGUCACAACGCCAUUUUU